AUGUCAGCGAAGCAAUAUAAAGCCGUCGGAGAGGACGGCUGGAAGCGGACCGACAAGGUCAAUGCCGAGCUCUUCACCUUGACAUACGGAGCACUCGUAGUGCAGCUCAUCAAGGAUUACGAGGACUAUGCGGAGGUGAACAAGCAGUUGGAUAAGAUGGGCUACAACAUCGGAACGCGUCUCAUAGAAGACUUCCUGGCGAGAACAGGAAUGGGCCGCUGUCAAACCUUUGCGGAGACAGCAGAAGUAAUAUCAAAGGUCGCCUUCAAGACCUUCCUCAACAUCACACCAACCGUCACCUUCCCACCGCCCAACGCUCAGCCGUCCAACCCAUCAUUACCCCAACCCUCCGAGUUCAGCCUGAUAUUCGAGGAGAACCCACUAGCGGACUUUGCGGAGCUGCCGAGGGACGCAAGAGAGGGCGGACUGUGGUUCAGCAACGUCUACUGCGGGGUGAUAAGGGGUGCUUUGGAAAUGAUCCAAAUGCAGGUAGAAACACGCUUCGUGUCGGACAUGCUGAGAGGGGACGACUGCACCGAGAUGCACGUCCGUCUGGUCCGGUUGAUGGAGGAAGAACAGCCAGAGAAUGACGAAUAA